CCCGUCACAUCUUAUUUUCUUGUUUGACAUGACCAGACCUUGCUUAGUCUGAUCCUACCUUUCAGCAAGAGCUACGACGUCAGAAAUUCUUGACGACCCAUUUCAAGCAUGAGCAAGAUGACGAAAACGACUCCGAAAAGGAACGACGACUAUCAGAAGAUGAAUGCGGAUGGCAACGAGGACAGCCUAGAAACGACUCGCCUCGCGUCUUGCAGUACGUUGACUCAAUCCAAUGACAAGCCCGAAUGAUCUGGAGAAGCUGAUAACGCACCUGAAGACCAAAACGGAGCUUGUCCCUCCAAUUCGACGCCAGUCAUGGAUGAACAAAUCCAGAGUAUGGCUGGUGCGGUUAAGUUUUUGCUUGGAUGCAUUGGCGAGAAUCCAGAUCGUGAAGGUCUUCUAUCGACUCCAACUCGAUACGCCAAAGCUUUGCUCGAUCUCACAGUGGGAUAUCGGGAGGACAUCGACACAAUAGUCAACCGCGCCUUGUUCGACGAAGCUCACAACCAGAUCGUCCUUGUCCGAGACAUCACCAUCUCGAGCUUGUGCGAGCACCACAUUCUUCCGUUCACAGGCAAGAUGCACAUUGGCUACGUGCCAUCGAACAAGGUCAUCGGCCUGUCCAAAUUGCCGCGCAUCGCUAACAUGUUUGCUCGCCGGCUCCAAGUCCAAGAGCGUCUGACGUUUCAAGUCGCACAAGCCGUCAUGGAUGUGUUGAAGGCUCAGGGAGUCGCGGUGAUCAUGGAGGCGGGUCAUUCGUGUAUGGGCAUGCGCGGUGUGGAGAAAUGCGGGACCUCCACGGUGACGGAAUGCUUUCUGGGCUGCUUCGAGGCCGAUCGUUACCGCCGCGAGGACUUCUUCCAUCUCCUCAAUGUCGGCAAGACUUGAAUCAAUGUACCGCUUUGCUAUUGCGUCGCGGAUCUUUUCGCUCUCGGAAUCGAUCUCUGGAAUGUCAAGGGUUUGGAUGAUUAGGACAACUUGCAUCGAUAUCGCUCCCAGGCAUUGGAAGAGGCUUGAAGAUUGAGCCAUCUGUAAAUCUUAUAUCCCAUGAAUCUUGCAAUUUAGUCGUUUUGAUCGAUUGCAAUGACACGCUAUUCUCGCGAACCUACCUCAAUCGUCAUCCUAAAAGCGAACGCAUCAAUCAAGGUCAAACUUUCCCGCAAGUCAUAGCUCGGA